AUGACUACCGGGCCGUUCUCAUUCCCCGGUGUCCGCACGGCCGACGACGACGCCGCCGCCCAGAAGGCGAAGCAGGACUCGGGCGCCUUUUUCUUCGGCGUGGCGCCCACCGACCCCGCUGGCCCGUUCCAGGGAGCGUUCGGGGUGCCGGCGGGCUUCGGCCCCAACGCAUACUCCGCGAGCAGCAGCUACAGCGCCAACUGGCGCGAGAACGACGGCGCCGUGCAGGGCCUGCGCACGCGCAACGUCGUGCUGAUCGAGCAGAUGCUGAGCAACCACGCGCCACACGACGUGCUCACGCAGGUGCCCGAGAACGUGGACUGGCACUCCAAGACCUUCCAGCUGGCCGUCAAGAUCGAGCGCCUCAUGUUCAACACGGUCGCCUCGCGCGAGGACUACCUGAACGAGAGCACGCUGCGACUGCGCGUGCAGAACUUGUCGCGCAACCUCAUCCAGCUGCGCAAGCGCAAGAACAUGCUCUCGGACAACUUCGCCGCGCUGUCCAUGAGCUAA